AUGGGAAGUUCCCGGUCCCGCGCAGGAGUUAGAGUUGGAGUUGGAGUUCCAGAGUUCCAGGGCUGGACUCACGAGGUUGUGGUGCGCAGGAAUGGUGGUCUCGAUAUUUUUGCUUGUGACCAUUGCAAGGUUAUCAAUGCAAUGCUGCGUCAUGCAGGACUACCUCCUGAGCAGUCCAGAAUCACCUUCCAGGGACCUGAAGAGAGGAACUACCACGUCUUCUAUCAGCUAGUUGCGGCUGCACAGAAUAACAAGAAAUCGCAGACCAGUUCCAUCUGCGGCCAGCGAGUUUCUACACUACCUGAAUCAGUCUGGGUGCAUCACAUAGACGGAGUGGAUGACGUCAAGAGAUUUGAUGGACUCCGACUAGCUUUCAAUGUACUUCAUGUCCCGCCAGAGAUCUGCGACGGCAUUUUCGGUACUCUGGCUGCUAUUCUGUGGCUUGGCAAUUUAGAGUUCGUGGACAUUGAUGGUGAGAAGUGUGAGUUGAGUACUAGCGACAAGGAAGUGCUGACUAUUGUCGCAGAAUUGCUGAAUUUGGAGGAGGAGGAUCUGCUGGCAUCGUUCUUCAGCGCCAGAUUAACAUCAAGAGGAAAUAUCACACGAAUUCCACUCAAGCUUGCUGAGGCUCGGGAAAACAGACAUGCCAUGGCCAAGGCACUCUAUUCUAGAACAUUUGCUUGGCUUGUCGACCACAUUAACAAAUGCACCAACCCUGGGCAGGACCAGACAAGAUUUUUAGGUGUGCUGGACAUCUUUGGAUUCGAGAACUUUGCAACUAACUCAUUUGAACAAUUGUGUAUCAAUUAUACAAACGAAAAAUUACACAAAUUCUUUAACCAUUAUGUGUUUGCAUUGGAGCAAGAAAUUUACCGUCAGGAGGAGAUCAAGUUUUCCCACAUCACCUUCACUGACAACACAGAGUGCCUUGAACUGCUUGAAAAGCCUCCAAGGUGCAUCCUCAAACUCUUAUCUGAAGAGUGCCGAAUGCCCAAGGGUGCAGACAAAUCCUACUUGACCAAGUUACACCAGGAAUUUGAUUCCCAUCCUAACUACAUCAAGGGUGAAGACAGAAGAAAGUGGGAGGUGGAAUUUGGUAUCAACCACUAUGCAGGUAUAUUUUUGGUGAUAUACACUGUGAAAGGCUUUGUCGACAAGAACAGAGAUGCACAGCAGGAUGUGUUUUUCGAAUUGAUGAACAACACGGAACAAAUUGUCGCUGAUCUCAUAAGAUUCCAGGAUCUCCUUGGCUGCACCAUUGCCAGAAUGGGUACCAUACAUAGCACAAUCUCCAGAGGAACCUCAAAGAAAGCCAACAGUGCUGAUGCUUUCCGCAAUCAACUUCAGGCUUGUUGAUGUUCGCAGUCAACUAAUCCAUGGUAUGUCAGGUGCAUUAAACCGAACAAAAGCAAAUCUGCUGACUCCUACGAUGAAUUGAUGGUGCUUGACCAGCUGCGGUAUUUGGGCAUGAAUGAUAUCAUCAGGAUCCGCAAGGAAGUCCCUAUCCAUAUGACCUUCACAGAUUUCAUCACAAGAUACUUUUGCCUAAAUAAGAAGCGCAGACAUCCGACACCAAAGAUCAUGUGUGGUGGUGACAUCAUGAAAGGUCAGAAUCUGCCACCAAGGGAGUGGCAAGUUGGCAAGAGCAAAGUAUUCAUCCGGCAGAAAGUAUAUGAGCCCCUAGAAGACCAGCCUCACACAAUACGCGAUGCAGCAGUCAAAAUCCAGGCUGCAUACCGCAUGCAUAAGCGCAGAAUGGAAUAUAACAGGAUACGAGCAGCAUGUAUAAAUAUCCAAAAUCGCUACCGUGGUUGGAAGCUAAGACUUGUAUUCCUGAGAAAGAGGCGGGCGGCAGUAAUUAUUCAGUAUGUCCGAGGAAUGUUUGCCAGAGAGGUUGCAAAUGCCCUUCGGGAAAUGAAGCGAAUCGAGGAGGAACAACGAAGACGAGAGAAGCUGGAGGAGGAGAGACCAGAGGAAGAGGAAGCUCUCAAGUUGGCAGAAGACGAGGAAAAGAGGAAGGAGCUGGAGGAAGCUCAGAGGAAAGUCGAGGAGGAGAUGGCAACACUCUCCAACAUGGCUGAGACAGUCAACACGCGGCUGGCCACUUCCGGCCCAACCAACCCAGACGAUGCAUCUCAGGGCUCGGGCGAAGGGGUUGAUCUCGACAACCUGUUCUCCUUCUUAUCGAAUAUGGAAUCCGAGAGACACGUCCUUGAUGAAAUAUCUCGACAGAUGGAAGAACUUGCCGACAAUGUAGAAAGGAGCCUCCACUGCCUCAAGACCUCGUUUCUCCACCACAAGUUGCAGAACAAACGCCACCUCCUCCGCCAGCCUUGUCCGCUCCCCACACCCGUCCCAGGAACAGCAGAGCAGAAGGCUAAUAGAGAGAGUGGGGAUAGCCUGCCACCCCCACCUCCGCCACAGAUGAAUGGAUUCCAUGAAGAUGAGAAACCAAAGGAGCCAAUAUAUGAAACUAUUCCUGUUGGCCUAGCAGGGUCACAGGGUCGAAGGGAACCAAACUAUGUAUCAGGUCCACCACCUGCAGGCCCUCCACCUGCUCCUCCAGAGGAAGAGGUUGAGUUAAGAAGACCUCGAGAGCAAUCUCUAGAACGUCGUCGAAGACCUUCGGGCCAGAAGCGACCAUCGAGAUCCCCUUCUGCUCGAAGCCCAUCACGGGUGUCACGAUCUGGUACAAGAAGUCCUGUGCAGCGGGUGAGCAGUCGCAACAAUGGUGUGGUCGAAGACCCAGACAGAGUUGAACGUCGCAAGCAGAGGGUUGAGCGUAAGCUUCACGAAUUGGAGGAGCUUGAGGAGAACAAAGAGAAUGAAAGCCAGAAUCAUUUUGAUAUGAUUGAGUUUGCAGAAAAGUAUUUCAAUAAUCAUGAACGCUCGCCUGAGGGCACCAUCAUGUCUACACUGACCCGCAAACGCUCCACAGCAGAGUUCCUUCCCAAGUAUGAGCUGAUCACGUAUUCUCGCUCCUCCAUCAUCCCUACCUCUCAUGUCCACCUUUAUGACCCAGAAAACAUCAACCUUGCUUGCACAAUCUUUAGGGACUUGUGCAAAUACUGCCGAGGAGAAUUAAAACCCGAGCAAGAGAUAACGACUAUCCAGAACAUUAUCACUCAUGGCCUGGAGCGGGAGGAGCUUCGCAACGAAAUCUACGUCCAGUGCAUGAGGCAGGUCACCAAUAACCCGAGCACGGAAUCACUGGAACGGCUUUGGCUAAUGCUGUGUUUGUGUGUUGUGGCUUUCCAACCAGGAAAACUUCUUCAUAAGUAUUUUGUAAGCUUCCUUCAAAAGAGCCUCAGCCUUGAUGGAAAGCUGCGGCAAUAUGUGCAGUGGUGCCUCGAAAACUGUAAAAAUACGAAGGUCAGUUGCAGAAGACUACCUCCUUCCUCUGUGGAGAUUGCAGCCAUGAAGAAACUUGGAACCAUUGUUUGCAGAUUCUUCUUCCUGGACGGCCGCACAAAGGCUAUUGAUGUCCAUCCAAGGGACACUGCUGGUGACGCCAUGCAGAAGCUGGCAGACAGACUUGGACUGGCGAAUUGAGGCUGGGCGAUAUAUGAAUCUGGUCUGGAUGGAGACAAGCACGUAAAGAUCCAUGAGUAUCUUUAUGAUGUGAUAUCAUCUUGGGAGACGAAACAACAAAAGGUCGGGAGUUCAAGCAACUAUGGAACUCUCAAUAAACGCUCUUCACAAACGGUCAGUUCUGGGGAGAACAGAUUUGUUUUCCGCAAACGUCUCUUCCGCUCUCCUCGGGAAAUUCCAAGCGACCCAGUGCAAGUGAACCUGUUAUAUGCUCAGGCAGUAUAUAGUGUAGUAAGAGCUGAUGACUUCCCAAUCAAUGAGAAAGUAGCUCUCCAGUUGGCUGGGCUACAGGCUCAGGUGGCACUCGGUGACCCAAAGGAUGGCAAGACUGAAUUUUAUGCUGAUAUUCAGUCCUAUCUCCCAGCCCGCAUAGCUCAAGGAAGGAAGCAGGCUGAGUGGAUACCAGUGCUUGGACAGGCACACAGGCAGUAUGGCACUGGAACAGACAUCGUAGCUAAAGUGUGGUAUCUGACAUGUGUCAUGCAGUUCCCUCUCUACGGGACCACGAUGUUCCAAGUCUCAUAUAGAGGAUAUUGGUCAUACGGGAACACACUUAUCCUGGGAGUCAACUGUGAUGGCAUUGCUAUGAUUAAGCCAGAUGACAAAUUCAUCCUUUAUGAGUAUAGAUAUUGUGACAUAGAAUCAAUCUUUUUAGACCCAAGUGACAACUUCAUCACUAUAAACCUCUUAAGAACUCUGCCAGAUGCACAUAAAUGCUUUGUUUUUGAGACCAAAGAAAAGGAAGAAAUAGGCUUCCUUAUAGCUAGUUAUUCUCCGCUUCUCGCAUCUUGGAUAAAAGACAUGGACUCCAAUAAGAAGGUGAAGCAGAUUACGGGUGAAGAUCGAAUACGGUUGUAUUACAACCUGGUGCAUGCACGUCGGCAAAUCAUUGAUGCCAACAUCCUCAGGAAACCUCAGGAGCAGGGUGGGAACUUCUUUGUCAGUACGCUGAGGAGAUUGAACAAGCAGAAGCUAGAGAAGCUGCGCCAGGAUUAUGGGGAGAAUUCAGAGACAUAUAAGGGCUUCCACCACAUGUUCUGGGCAUUCUCCAAGACUCCUUUGACUCAGACUCUCACAAAGAUUGCUACGCCUGAGGUUGAACAGCAAGCACUCCAGAUCUCUCUUGCCAUCCUUACCUAUGCGGGUCUUAAUCCUAAUGCUGAAGCAGCAGUUACAAGUGAUGACCAGCAACUGACAAUGGUUCAGGGCGUGGUGGAGCAGUGUAUGAAGCGAGACCUCCUGCUUAACGAGACGUAUCUCCAGCUCAUCAAACAAACGACAGAUCAUCCAGAUCCAAAUUCGCGGGUAAACUUACGGCAUUGGUCCUUGCUGACAUUGUUCUGCUCCGUCAUUCCCCCAACUGACAAGUGUGUUAGAAAAUACCUCCGUGCACAUCUACAGCGUUGUGCCACAGACUAUGUGUCAGAAGAGGGAAAGUAUGCUCGCUAUGCUGAGAAGGUAAGUCUCUCUGAACAAUCGCGUCGGCAGUGGGCUCCCUCAAAACAGGAGAUCUUAUGUACAAUAAAUCGCAGACCAAUAUAUGCUCGCUUCCAUUUCAUGGAUGGACAGUUCCAUUCAUUGGAGUUUGAUGCAUCAGCAACAACAGCAGAUGUUGUUGAUCUAAUCAAACACAAGAUUGGACUCAAAGAAACCACCAAAGGUUAUGCCAUUUAUGAGAUGUUGGGGACGACAGAAAGGUGCAUACUGAUGGAAGAGGUCUUGGCGGAUGUAAUGUCCCGGUGGGAGCGAUACAGGCAGUCUACUGCAGCCACUCAGCACCACAACCAUCACAUAUUCCUGUUUAAGAAACACCUCCUUCUUGAGCAGUGGAUAGACCUGAGUGACAAUGUGGAGAAAGAACUCCUGUACUUCCAAGUCCUCUAUACACUUCGUGCUGAUAAAUUCCCUGUCACGCAGAUGGAGGCAGUUGUUGUGAUAGGAAGUGGUACACUUUGUGAUGCUGUGUUCCUUGAGAGCCCAAUAGAACUAGGAAACUUUACAGCAAACAUGGACUACGGCGAAGUGAUAGCUCACACACUCUCCCCGCGUUUGCUGACUAGUGUGACCCACGAGUCUGUGGCAAUGCACCACCAGAGCCUCUUCAACAUGGAUUCACAGGAACAAUCAUUUACUUCCAACUGGCCAAAGGUCCUGCUUGCCAUUGAUGAGAAUGGAGUCCAUCUCCUUGAGCAUCGAUCCAGGAACGUGUUGUGCACAUAUGAGUAUGACUACAUAUUGAAUUACUCAGCCUCCAUUACUGCGCUCAUGAUCAUUACAGGAUCUACAAGGAAGCAAAGCAAAAUAAUCCUUAAUACAACUCAGGCUUUCAUGAUUGCAACCUUAAUCAAAGACUACACUGAAGUUCUGAGAGAAAGCAUGGGCGGCGCACCCCCAGAGCCCCCUCCUCAUGCGGGCAUUCUGGCACAGCCUGUGAUGGAGGAAGAACAGUUCUUCACCAGCAGCAACAGCCAGCAGCAACCGCAACAGCAACCCAGACGGCAUCAGCCCUCCCAGCAUCAUGGCCAGGCCGCCUCCAACUCUCACAGAGGAGCUGGUCACUCAAUGAUGUGCUUCUCAUUGCUAAUGGUUUUAAAAUAUUUCUAG